AUGUCGUGCUCCGUGCGCAGCUGCCUGGCCCCUGGCCGCGGCUUCUCCUCCCGCUCGGUUGGCGUCACCUCACGCCCCUUCCGCUCGGGAUUCACCGCGUGGAGCUCGGCCGGUGGCUCCGCGCUCGGCGGUCUCGGAGGAGCCCGCAGCGCCUUCUGCUACCCGAGCCGGGGAGCUCCCUGCCGACCCCGCAUGCGCGCUCCCACGCCCUGCAUGCCCACCGUGCCCUGCGGGCCCCUGUUCGGGCCCUGCGGGCCGCUCACGGCCGCCGCGGCGCCCUGCGGGGUCCUGCUGACCAACGAGAAGGAGGCGCUGCAGGACCUGAACGAGAGGCUGGCGGGUUACCUGGACAAGGUGCGCUACCUGGAGCAGGCCAACCAGGAGCUCGAGUGUAAGAUCAAGGAGUUCCGCGCCAACAGCUGCAUCGCUGAGCAGCAGUGGGAGCCCUGCAUGGGCAACAUCGAAGAGCUCAUGGGACAGGUGGAGGUGGCCACGCUGGAGAACACGCGACUCGUCCUGGAGAUCGACAACGCGCGACUCGCGUCCGAGGACUUCCGCGUCAAGUGGGAGGCUGAGUCGGCGCUGCGCGAGACGGUGGAGGCCGAUGCCCACGAGCUGCGCCGCCUCUCGGCCGAGUACUGCGCGUGCCGCAACCAGCUGGCGUGCGAGCAGAACGUCCUGCAGGGAGAGAUCCACACGCUCAAGAGCCACCACCGCGGGGAGAUGGAGUCGCUCCGCAUGGACUACAGUAGCUCGACCACUAAGGUGGAGAUGGACAACUCCCCUGGGGCCGACACGGCCGGUAUCAUCAGCGAGAUCCGCGCGCAGUACGAGACCAUGAUUCACAACAACCGCCACGAGGCCGAGUGCAUGCUGCAAAGCAAGCUGGAGGCUGCCGAGGCAUCCGCCGUGCACUCCCACGGGGAGCUGGCGGCCGCUAAGAACCAGGCACAUCACCUGCGCCAACAGUACCAGACGAUGGAGGUGGAGAUGGAGUCACUCCGCAGCGCGAACGCCACGCUGGAGGACAAUCUGGCGGAGACGGAGGAGCGCUUCAGCGUGGAGGUGCGUAGCCUGGCCGAGGUUCUUUCGCGCCUGGAGGCCGAGUACUCGGACGUGCGCGCCAACGUGGAGCGCCAGCUGCACGAGUACGAGUCGCUGCUCAACAUCAAGAUGGGUCUCGAGAUGGAGAUCUCCACCUACAAGUGUCUCAUCGAGGGCGAGGACUCGAGGCUGAGCAGUGAGGUUCGCUGUAACCCUGCGUGCUGCGGCUCCAGCAGAGUCUGCACCUCGCUCCCCAUGCCUUGCGGCAGCGACCCGUGCAGCCUGAACGUGUGCUCCUCCGGGCCCGUGUGCACUAUGCCCUGUCUGAAGUGAGCAGUCCCCGACCCACACCCACCCCCCACCUCCCCUUACUGGGGGGGGGGUCCACAAGAGGGGUCCCACGCGGGACCCCACACACAGAGAGUGAGAGACGCACACAGGAGGGACACGGUGGCGGGGGGGGGGGGCGGUGAGCGCUCGGCCGCACAGCUGACGAACAGCCCCCCACGGCCCCGACCAACCACGUGGAGGGGGUGGGCUACUCACGCAUCACCCUGACGCCGUGGGGCCUUGUCACACCCUGGCCCCAAAGGGACCACUCAUAUCGUGACCCCACGGGGCCCGCUCAUACCGUGACCCCACGGGGCCCGCUCAAACCGUGACCCCAUAGGGCCCACUCAUACCGUGACCCCACAGGGCCCAAUCAUACCGUGACCCCACGGGGCCCGCUCAUACCGUGACCCCAUAGGGCCCACUCAUACCGUGACCCUACAGGGCCCACUCAUACCGUGACCCUACAGGGCCCAAUCAUACCGUGACCCCACGGGGCCCACUCACACCCUGACCCCAUAGGGCCCAAUCAUACCGUGACCCCACGGGGCCCGCUCACACCCUGACCCCAUAGGGCCCAAUCAUACCGUGACCCCACGGGGCCCGCUCACACCACUGACCCCACAGGGCCCACUCAUACCGUGACCCCACAGGGCCCACUCAUACCUUGACCCCACAGGGCUCACUCAUACCGUGGGACCCCACUCACACCACUGACCCCACAGGGCCCUCUCAUACCGUGACCCCACUAACACCCACUCCGAGCCCAGCAAUCGGCUCAGCCGUGACUGCCCCGUGACGCCGGUUCCGCUGACGCAGCAGCCCCGGCUGCGCGCAGACCUCCGCUCUCGUCCGCCCGUGUUGGUGGGCGCCCUCAUUUCACCUCGUUACCCCCCCCCCCUCCCCCCCGGUGUAACGAGGUGUCACGUGGGGCAACCUCGUCAGCCUCACCUCACCUCGCUUCCACCACCCACCCACCCACACAGCGUCUCUCUGUGUUUCUGUCCUCUUGACUCAAAUAAAACUCCUGCUGCAAA